AUGCGCUCUCAUUUACUGGAGAAAGCUCAGGCUGAGAAGGAGAAGAAGAAGGGUGGUGGGCCGCGAGCUCGCGGCUGGGUUUUCGGUCUUGGGUGGUUCUAUGCUGUGGCGGGUGAGAGUGAGGAGGGCACGGGAUCGGACCGUGCGGAUUUCCGACGUCUGGGGGUUGGAGUGUGGGGAGGGGAGAUUGGGGUGGGUGGGUGGGUGGAUCGGAGGGUUGUGGAUCGAAGGCGGGGGGGGGUGAAUGGAGGAGGAUGGGAGAUGGAGAAUGUGACGGCGAGGACGGGGGUGGUGAAGAACUGUGGGAUCGGCGGUGUUAGAAGCCUGCCUCGAUGGCUUGCUUUGCCCGAACUCUUCGCACGCUCCGCGCUCAGCCUCCAUCCCCCGCACACCGACUCGGUUCCACGAAUCCAUCUCGCAGCCCUCAUGCGCAGCGCGUACGCGAGCACAACGUCGGCACCCAGGUACGUCAUCAUUAUCCGGUCCACAAUCCGCCAGCUCUUAACUCACAAGCUGAUACGGGCUCCAGGGAUGGACCACGGAUCGGAGAGAGGCACGAUGCCGAGCGCAAGCGAAGCUGCGGUGGACGACGGCAGUGCCAGCGGUGCACCAGGCAUGGACCGCGGGUCUACGGAUACGGUGCAGAACGGGAGCGCGGAGAGCGCCGACCCAUCGGGCUUCAAGAUCAAAUCGGACUCGGAUGGCCAAAAUCAUUACUGUCGAGGACGGGGAUGUGACCGAUGCGAUCUUGCGCGAUGGCGCCUUUGA